AUGACGACCAUCGCCAACGCGGGCUUCGCCACGUUCACCGGCCUCAAGGCCGCGCCCACGCGCACCGCCGCGAAGGCAGCCGCCGCCGCCGUCCCCCGCGCGGGCGGCCGCGUCUCCCUCGUCGUCCAGGCGAACAAGAAAGUCGCGAAGAAGGCGAACGUGGUGCUCGUCAAAGACGAACCCAACCUGGGCAAGGCUGGCGACCUCGUGGAAGUGUCGCUCGGAUUCUUCCGGAACCACCUCGAGCCGAUGGGCAAGGCGAAGCAGGCGACCGCGGAGAUCCUGGCGGAGGUCGAGGCGAACGCGGCCGCGGAGGUGGCCGCGAAGACCGCGGAGCAGGCGGGCGCGAAGGCGAUCGCGACGGCGCUGAGCACCAUCGGGACCUUCAAGGUGAAGAAGACCGUCGGCGAGGACGGCAAGAUUUUCGGCUCGGUGACGGCGGCGGAUGUCGUCGAGGCGGUCGAGUUGCAGACGUCGAAGACGCUGGAUAAGAAGGCGGUCAGCGUGCCGGACAUCAGCGAGGUCGGGACGUACGAGGUAACGGUCAAGCUUCACCCGGAGGUCACGGGGACGUUCAAACUCGCGGUCGAGAAGGCGUGA